GUCGGAUAGUGUUUUUGGAUUCCUGUUUGUUCCCUGUGUGGCUAUUUUUCUGUUCCGUUCCUUUAUUCCUUUUUCUACAUCUGUGGACACCCUUGGUUGGAUUUUGUUUUUUCGUUUUACUUUGGAAAUGCCAUAGGUAUGGCAGACUCACUGUGCCGGCUGCGCUGUCUACCUGCACAAACCGGCUCGCAAACAGUCAAGGAGCGGGGCAAAUGGGGAAGCAAAAAGGAGUUCAUCCUUUCUGUGGCUGGAGCUCUUAUUGGACUUGGAAACAUUUGGAGAUUUCCAUAUCUGUGUUACAAGAAUGGUGGUGGUGCAUUCUUCGUUCCUUACAUCCUGUUCCUCGUGACCUGUGGUAUUCCCCUGUUUAUCCUGGAGACAGCACUGGGCCAGUACACCAGUCGGGGGGGGAUCAUGUGCUGGAGGAAGGUCUGUCCCUUGUUUGAAGGCAUUGGCUAUGCCAGCCAAAUUAUCAUUUUCUAUGGAUCUAUCAGCUACAUUGUGAUCUUAGCCUGGGCUUUUCUCUACUUGUUCUCCUCCUUCUCUGGAGAGCUGCCAUGGGCCACCUGUAAUAACACAUGGAACACAGAUUCUUGUGUGGUAUUAAACAACUAUAAUGCCACUGCUAACUGGACUUCACUGAUGAAUGCAUCAUCAUCUGUUAUCGAGUUUUGGCAACGACGGGUGUUGAAUAUAUCCACCGGCAUCGAGGCAUUGGGAAACAUACGGUGGGAACUUUCUCUGUGCCUCCUUCUGGCCUGGAUCAUCUGCUACUUCUGUGUCUGGAAAGGAGUGAAAUCCACAGGAAAGGCUAGCUACUUCACAGCAACAUUUCCCUUCAUCAUGUUAGCAGUGCUGUUUCUCAGAGGACUGACGCUUCCUGGAGCCCUCCAUGGCAUCAAGUACUACCUGUACCCAAAUCCCGCUCGGCUCGCUGACCCACAGGUGUGGAUGGAUGCCGGAACACAAAUAUUUUAUUCCUAUGCAAUAUGUUUGGGAUGUCUGACAACGCUUGGGAGCUACAACAAAUACAACAACAACUGCUACAGAGACUCCUUCUAUCUGUGCUUGUUUAACAGUGGGACCAGCUUCAUAUCUGGCUUUGCCAUCUUCUCAGUUCUGGGCUACAUGUCACAAAAACAGGGUGUCGAUAUUUCUGCAGUUGCUGAGUCAGGCCCUGGCCUUGUCUUUAUUGUAUACCCACAAGCUGUGACCCUUCUGCCAUGGCCUCAGUUCUGGUCUGCGUGCUUCUUCACCAUGAUUAUCUUAUUAGGAAUAGACAGUCAGUUUGUUGGGCUGGAAAGCAUCAUGACCUCUUUAACGGAUAUCUACCCUUCCCAGAUCCAAAGAGGAUGCCGCAGAGAGCUUCUACUGAUGCUCAUCUGUGCUUUUAGCUAUGUGUUUGGUCUUUUAAUGGUGUCAGAGGCAGGUGUAUACAUUCUGCAGAUCUUUGAUCACUAUGUGUGCAGUGGUCCCGCUAUUCUUCUGAUGGCAAUCUUCCAGUCCGUGAUCAUUGGAUGGAUUUAUGGAGCAGAACGCUUCUGCAACAACAUUGAGGACAUGAUUGGGUACAAACCUCUGUCACUGAUCAAGUACUGCUGGCUGUAUGUGACCCCUCUUGUUUGCAGUGGCACACUUGUAUUUUUACUCCUAAAAUACACCCCCAUGAGGUUCAACAAGUCAUAUGUGUAUCCUUGGUGGGCCUACUGCAUCGGCUGGUUUCUGGCCUCAUCAUCUAUUAUAAUGAUUCCCGUCACCAUGAUCUGGAAACUGGCCAAAGGAAAAGGGACUCUCUGGCAGCGUCUCAAGACAAGCUCCCUGCCUGCAGAAGACCCUCCAGUGAUGGCAAAGGAAAUGUCAAGCAUCAGUGCUACACUGCACGUUUGCAGGGGUGGAAAAAACGACAAUAUUCAAUGAAAUGCCUUCCUUUAAAAAUAACCAAUUUUUAUUUUUAUUUUUCGAAAUAUGUUGGGCAUAUGAUUUUAUUUGGGUCUUUCUAAUAUUUGUUCUAAGUUUGGAUUACUUUAGAUAAUUUGCCUUAUUGAGACAACCUGUUUGAUAGUAUUUCCCUUUGGUAAUAAUUUGUUUAGCUCUACUGUUUCCUGGUUUGGCAUAUUUACUCUUGGUUAACUAGUAUUUCUUUAUUGUUUCUGUUUUGUAAUAUGGAUGGGCACCUGGGAUUAGGCAGGUAUAGGACUGGGUGCAUGGUGGUCCUACGACUUGGUUUUUACAAGAGCAGGAGAUGCAGCAAGAAACAUGAUCCCUUCUUGCUUCUCUAUGAUUUCUUGCUUUAGACACUAAUAUAUGAACUGGAUAAAAUCACAGUGCAUUACAUUCAUUAAUUUUGCUUAUGCUUUUGUCCAAAGCGACUUACAAUCAUCAAGGCAGGUAGCAUUGAGGUCUUUGGCUAAGGGCCCACACUGGGAUGACGUGGAAUAAAACCCCAACCUUCUAGUAUUAGUAACGUAUUUAUUCACUGGUCAUACUGAAUACGAGAACGCAAUAAUACACCUAUAUAGUUUGGCUAAUAUAGUCAUGCCUAUGUAGUUUGCUAUCUCAUAUCUAGUUAGCUUAUGUAGUUUAAUUUUUGCAUAUCUAUAUAUAUUCUUCAGCAUUCACCAUGUAUGGAGCCUUUCUCUAAUCUGUCCCCUAGUCACACUGCACAUGGAGGCCUAAGCAUGAAGAACAAGUCACAUUCUUAUUAACUGGGGAGUAUCAUCGUCUCCCACAGUGUGAAUGACCAGGUGGUAACAGUUAAAAGUUCUUGUACUGUCAUGUACUGUAGCCGAGCUCUGUCCCCAGGGUAGGCUGAGUCAUGGAAAUAUGCAGGCAAAUACUCGUGAUACAUUGUCUGAGAAUUGGAUGGCGUUGGUAUUGUAUUAAUUUGCCUGUGGAUCAGUUGCUUUUUGAUUUUAUGUUGUUUGUUUGUAUACUAAUAUCCACUUCAGUAUUUGUUUCAAGGUGAGAUGAUCUGAAUACAGUACAGAAUAUCAAAUGUUCAUAGAAAGUUUUUUAUACUUUUGUAAUCAUUUAAGUUGAGAUUGUUACCGAUACUGAAUACAUAAUAUACCAUCUAGAAUUGCAACCUACUUUCUACAAUGCACAUCUCAAAUGCCUCAAAAUGUAUGGGACUACAAUGUUUUUGUAUAGUAGCCAAAAAAAUAUAUUUUUAUAUUAUUGCCACCAAUGGGCAGGGCAUUAUCAGAUGUUUUAGGACAGCCUGCUGAAACAGAGCCACUAUCAUUCAUUUGAUUCCAUCAGUGAAAAGCUGAUUGAUGACAUUGAUUAUUAUGACUUCUGAGACACAAGUUGCUUUUCUUACUGAACUCAACCUAAAACCAACUAACAACUGUCACACUGGUGCAGUUGUUUUUUUAAAUAGCUUAUGGGUCAAACUCUAGUGCAUUAUCUUCAUGACUGGCAUAGACUGAUUCAGAUAAAUAAAAAUAUAUUUUACUUGUGGAAUAUUUCAUAUUUUAUAUAAAGUGUAUAUGUAAUCUAAUUGACAUUUUUUCCAAUUUGCUGCUUGAAUUUUUUAUAUAAAGUUUACUAUAUAGGCUUGGAAUUUGAACAAAAAUAUUUUCUUUGGCGAAAUGGGGCGUCAGUUUACUAUGUUUGCAUGUGAGCAAGGGAGUGAACCGAUGUGUCAAUAAAUGAUUAUCAAGCAUUGA